AAAACUUUUAAAGCUUAGAUUCUGUUGUCUUAGCCUUGGCUGACAGCCUUCUUUCCCCUGCCCUACCUCAGUAGACCCCACACUCCUCUCAUACCUCCUGAUCAAAAUCCUAAGAAAUCUUGACCUUCUGAUGUUUUUUCCUCUUGCCAGUGUUUAAGAAACGUCGGAAGCGUCGGAAGGGGUGGAGCACAGCCAUGGGGCCCGAUCAGCUAUUGAAUGCCUGCGAAAGCAUCACGGCUGGAAGAGUUGACCUGAGCAGCUGGAAGGAGAAAAUCGAGCGGGAUGCUGCCAGUGCACACCUGCUGCUUGAAGACUCGGAGGAAGAGGAGGAAGAGGACGACGGGGCUGCUGUACUAGUGGAGCACCAAACUGACGUGGCGAUGGAGGCUGGGGAGCCCUCCCAGGAACUCUACAAGGAUGGCAUUCUGACAGUAGGCUGCGUUGGCUUUCCCAAUGUGGGCAAGUCCUCCCUCAUCAACGGGCUGGUGGGCCACAAAGUGGUGAGUGUCUCCCGCACUCCGGGUCACACCAAGUACUUCCAGACCUACUUCCUGACGCCCGCGGUCAAGUUGUGCGACUGCCCUGGCCUCAUCUUCCCUUCCCUUGUGGACAGGCAGCAGCAGAUCCUGGCUGGUAUCUACCCUAUUUCCCAGAUCCAGGAGCCCUACACUUCUGUGGGGUACCUGGCUGUCCGAAUCCCUGUCCAGGCCCUGCUCAAGCUGCGACAUCCAGAUGUGGAACCCAGCAAGCCUGAACCUCUGUGGUGUGCUUGGGAUGUUUGUGAAGCCUGGGCUGAGAAGCGAGGCUACAAGACUGCUAAAGGAGCUCGUAACGAUGUCUACCGAGCAGCCAACAGCAUCCUGCGGCUGGCUGUAGACGGACGCCUCUGUUUAUGCAUGCGACCCCCAGGCUACGCUGCACACAAAGCCACCUGGAUCCGCCACCCAGAGACCACCGAGAUCUCUGCUCUGCAAGAGGCUCACCGCCAAGCUGGAAAGCACAGCUCUGGUGAGGAGGAGGAAGACGAAAUCUCCAGCUCAGGAGAAGAGGAGGAUGAAGAGAAAGAUCGGGAUGCUGAUGAGGAAGGAGAGGAAGAGGAGCCCUUCACUGCUCCCAGAAGUGGGCCUAGCCUGCCCAUUCCCACCAGAAGGGGAAAGUUUGCCGGCCAGAACUUGUUUGCUUUGCUAGGGGAGGACGAGUGUUAGCAGCUCCCCCUGCUGGACAGACUGAUAGCGCAUUCCCAAGCUCCAGAGCUCCUGUAUAUCAAUAAAGGUGAUGUUUAUUUCCUGA